AACAGUUCCUCAUGUUCUUCCCUUUCUCUAGUCUCCAAGUCCAACGGGAGGGAGGGAGGGAGGAAAGUGAGAGAGAGAGACAGACAAAAGCAAGAAAAAAGAAAAAGACUUGCCCUUUUACCAUACAAAAGAAGCUUAACAAAAGUUGGAUUUCAGAAUUUUUCCCUUUGGGAAUCUUCACUUUGAUCUCUCCUGCCUCUGCAAGCUCCAGCUCUCGUGAUCUGUGAUUUCCAUCUUCAAUUUCAAACUCACAAUUCAACUGGGUCUUCUUUGUCUUAUCUAUUUACCUAUUUGUUAUGCUGCUUUUGGCUUUGUUAUGAGGGGAUUGGGUGGGGUAUAGUGUGGUUUUCGUUGCCUUUUUGGUUGAGAUCUUACGUAGCUGUUGGUUGAGUUUAGUCUUUUCUUGUAUCAUUUGCUUUAUCUGUUGUGGAAGGAGAUACCUAAUUUUUGUUGUAUUUUAGAGAAUAGCAGCUUCUGGAGUUCUGGUUAUUCAUUACUGUGAAUCACAACUAAUUCAAGAAAUCUUGAGUGCUGCUCUGAGUGAGAAUUACCCGUCAUUUUUUUGCCUUCUUUUUUGGGGUCAAAAUUUGAUGUUUGUCAAAACUUAGUGAUAUUGUAUUUGGUGGCUGUUUGUUUGUUUAUAUUUUUGUAUUUUUCUGAUUUUUUUUUGUAUUGAAUUUUUGUUGCUUUGGGGGCUGAGGGAGCGAUUUAUGAAAACAAGAAAAUAUUUGCUUUUUUGUUUUCAACUUUUGACUAUCAAAUUUCGUAGUGUUUGAGUUCUGGGGAUGCUGGGGGAGGGGUAGAGAGAAAGCAAGUGAAGCAAAAAUCCAUCUGGCUACCGUGGAGAUCUGGGACUUGUUUCAUCUCUUAUUCCCAAUGAGGACUUUCUUCCCAUCUGAGUCAUGUAAAGAGUCACAACUCAAUGCUUUGAAUCCACAGUCAUGGCUUCAGGUUGAAAGAGGGAAACUAUCAAAACUCUCUUCUUCCAAACUCUCUUCAUGCUCUUCUUCUUCCUCCAUAGAAUCACUUAUCAAGGUUCCUGAACCUCCAGUGCUACCAUUCUUUAAACCAGUUGAUUAUGUAGAAGUUUUAGCUCAGGUUCAUGAAGAACUUGAAUCAUGUCCUCCACAAGAGAGGUCAAAUCUCUAUUUAUUUCAAUUUCAGGUCUUUAGAGGCCUUGGGGAAGUCAAAUUGAUGCGGAGAAGCCUCCGCUCAGCAUGGCAGAAAUCUAGUACUGUGCAUGAGAAGAUAGUAUUUGGGGCAUGGUUAAAGUAUGAGAAGCAAGGAGAGGAGCUUAUUUCUGACUUGCUUGCCAGUUGUGGUAAAUGUGCAGAAGAGUUUGGACCAAUAGAUGUUGUCUCCCAGCUUUAUGCUGAUUUAAGUUCGAAUUUUAAUGAGCCCGCUUUAGUCAAUGCUGACUGUAAUUUGAGAAAUGUCAUCUUUAAAAUUGGAGAUGAGAAGAUAGUUUGUGAAAGGAAGAAAAUUGCAAGCCUUUCUGCUCCAUUCCAUGCUAUGCUUCAUGGUUGUUUCUCUGAAUCUUUUUGUGAAAACAUAGAUUUUUCUGAAAACAACAUAUCCCCUUUAGGUUUUAGGGCAAUAAGUGAAUUCAGUGUGACAGGGAGUUUGAACAAAGUCUCUCCAAAUGUUUUGUUAGAAAUAUUGCCUUUUGCAAAUAAGUUCUGUUGUGAAAGACUAAAAGAUGCAUGCGAUAGGAAACUUGCUUCUUUGGUUUCCUCGGUGGAAGAUGCUGUAGAACUCAUGGAAUUUGCUCUUCAAGAGAACUCUCCCAUCCUUGCUGCAUCAUGUUUGCAAGUUUUCUUACAAGAGCUUCCUGCUUGUUUGAAUGAUGAUCGGGUGGUGGAAAUAUUUAUUAAUGCUGAUAAACAAAAAAGAAUGAUUAUGGUUGGGGCUGCCUCAUUUUCACUAUACUGUUUAUUAAGUGAAGUUUCCAUGAAUCUUGAUCCUCAGUCCAAUAAAACAGCUUGUUUCCUAGAACGGUUGGUGGAAUCAGCUGAAACUAACCGGCAGAAACUGUUGGCUUUUCAUCAGUUGGGUUGUGUGAGGCUUUUGAGGAAAGAGUAUGAUGAAGCUGAAUGUCUUUUUGAGGCAGCUUUGAAUGCUGGUCAUAUAUAUUCUGUAUCAGGUCUGGCUAGACUGGGUUACAUUAGGGGUCAUAGACUUUGGGCUUAUGACAAGCUCAGCUCUGUGAUUUCAUCUACUACCCCACUGGGAUGGAUGUACCAGGAGAGGUCCUUGUACUGCGAAGGCAAUAAGAAAUGUGAGGACCUUGAGAAAGCAACCGAGUUGGAUCCUACUCUCACAUAUCCCUACAUGUAUCGUGCAGCUUCUUUUAUGAGGAGACAUAAUGUUCAAGCUGCACUUGCAGAAAUUAACCGGGUUCUUGGGUUUAAACUUGCAUUGGAAUGCUUGGAACUCCGAUUUUGUUUUUAUCUAGGUCUUGAGGAUUACAGAGCAGCCCUUUGUGAUGUUCAGGCAAUUCUUACACUCUCCCCAGAUUAUAGAAUGUUUGAGGGGCGGGUGGCAGCAUACCAACUUCGAACCCUUGUUCGUGAGCAUGUUGGGAAUUGGACAACAGCAGAUUGUUGGAUGCAAUUGUAUGAGAGGUGGUCUUCAGUUGAUGAUAUAGGGUCCCUCUCUGUCAUAUACCAAAUGCUUGAAUCUGAUGCACCAAAAGGUGUUCUAUACUUCAGGCAGUCUCUGCUUCUUCUUAGGUUGAACUGUCCUGAGGCAGCCAUGAAAAGCUUACAAUUAGCCCGUCAACAUGCAUCAACUGAACAUGAACGUCUAGUUUAUGAAGGAUGGAUCUUGUAUGACACUGGUCACUGUGAGGAAGGGCUUCGAAAAGCUGAGGAGUCUAUCAAAAUUAAUAGGUCUUUUGAGGCCUUCUUCCUUAAAGCCUAUGCCCUGGCCGACUCUAGCCAGGAUCCAUCUUGUUCUGUAUCUGUUGUUUCACUGCUUGAAGAUGCUUUGAAGUGCCCUUCAGACAGACUGCGAAAAGGCCAGGCACUUAACAAUCUUGGAAGUGUAUAUGUAGACAGCGGGAAAUUAGAUUUGGCAGCUGAUUGCUACAUAAAUGCCCUUAAAAUCAGGCACACUAGAGCUCACCAGGGUCUUGCACGAGUCCAUUUUCUCAGAAAUGACAAGGCUGCUGCAUAUGAGGAAAUGACAAAACUGAUUGAGAAGGCCCGGAAUAAUGCAUCUGCUUAUGAAAAGAGGUCUGAGUACUGUGAUCGUGAACUUGCAAAAGCAGAUCUUGAGAUGGUCACAAAAUUAGAUCCACUUCGAGUGUACCCUUACAAAUAUCGAGCUGCAGUGUUGAUGGACAACCGCAAGGAGAAGGAAGCCAUAGCAGAACUAUCAAGGGCAAUUGCAUUCAAAGCAAACCUUCACCUUCUACACUUGAGAGCUGCAUUCUAUGAGCACAUUGGUGAUGUCUUGGGUGCCCUACGUGACUGUCGAGCUGCUCUCUCCGUCGACCCAAACCAUCAAGAAAUGUUGGAAUUUCACAGCCGUGUAAACAGCCAUGAACCCUGAAUCUGGAGGACAAACUAUGGCAUGCAAGAGAAAAAAAUGUGGUUCUUAUCAUCACCCUGUAUACUAUUCACUCCCCACCCUCAAUUUUUUUUUUCUCUCUUUAUUUUUCUUUGUAACUUAUGCUUUUCCAUUUUUGUAAUUUAAUUAAUUAAUGUGAAAGCAUCCAUGUUUCUUCCA